CGCGCAUGCGUACUUGUCAGUCUGUCAGACAGCAGCAGCCUGUAAACAUGGCUGGCGUUGGCUUCCGACGCUGGGCCGUAGCCCUUUCUAAAGGGAAAGGUCCCGGCAUUUCAGGCCUCCUGUCGGGAUGUAGAGCAGCUUCUGGUGUGACAAAGGACUCGGGGCUCGGUCCGUACCCGAAGACCCCCGAGGAGAGAGCUGCUGCGGCGAAGAAGUACAACAUGACGGUCGAGGACUAUGAACCGUAUCCCGACAACGGCGAGGGCUAUGGCGAUUAUCCAAAGCUACCGGAGAGAUCUCAGCAUGAGAGAGACCCCUGGUACCAGUGGGACCACCCUGACCUGAGGAGGAACUGGGGAGAGCCGAUGCACUGGCAUUUUGACGCGUACAUCAGGAACCGUGUGGAUACAUCUCCCAGCCCUGUGUCCUGGUCUUCAAUGUGCAAACAGCUGUUUGGUUUCCUUGGGUUCAUGCUGUUUAUGUUUUACGUUGGGGAGAAAAUGCCAGCUUACCAAGCUGUUGCACCGAAACAGUAUCCCUACAAUGACCUGUACCUGGAGAGAGGAGGAGAUCCGGAGAAACAGCCUGAGGAAGUCAAACAUUAUGAAAUCUAAUGACUAAAAUCUGACUCUACUUGUGUAUAUAUAUUUCUGUCAAGAAUAAAAAAUGUUAACACUUAAA